CGAUUCAGUAUUGAGAAGUGGUUUCGAUGGCGGGUCAGUUAACACGUGAAGGGAUUACCCUGAAGGGCAGCGCUGAAAUCGUAUCAGAGUUUUUCUAUUGUGGCAUCAAUAGCAUUUUAUAUCAGCGUGGGAUUUAUCCAUCAGAAACAUUCACGCGUGUUCAGAAGUAUGGGCUCACGCUGCUAGUCUCUACAGACCCAGCACUGAAAGAGUAUUUAAACAAAGUUACAGAUCAGCUGAAAGAAUGGUUGUACAAAUGCCAAGUACAGAAGCUUGUGGUUGUGAUCACAAGUAUUGACAGCAGCGACAUUCUUGAACGUUGGCAAUUUGACAUAGAGUGUGACAAAACUGUGAAAGAUGGCAUUGUUCGCGAAAAGUCACAGAAGGUUAUUCAAGAAGAAAUUCGAUCGGUUAUAAGGCAGAUAACUGCUACUGUAACUUUCCUUCCUUUGCUGGAAACAGCAUGUGCCUUUGACCUGCUGAUAUAUACAGAUAAAGAUUUGGAGGUACCUGAGAAAUGGGAGGAAUCUGGUCCUCAGUUUGUGUCCAACUCUGAAGAGGUCCGUCUGCGUUCAUUCACAACAACCAUCCACAAAGUAAAUAGUAUGGUGGCGUACAAAAAGAUAGACACUUUCUAAGAACCCGGGAUCUUAUUUUUAUAGUAAUCCUAAAUGUAAGAUCAGUUGUAUAGUGUCAUACAGAUUGUUUUAUGAAAUCUGUCCCCAGAUUGUUGAUUUCAUACGUUAACAAAAAAGGAUCAAAUUACUGACAAGGAUGUAUCGUAUAGUAUUGCUUCAUACUGUGUACAUAUAAAGCAAUCAACUACAAAGGAUGGGGUGACUGGGGUCAAACCUCAAUAUAUAAUGUAUAUUAUGUGUAAUUUAGUAUGACUGUUAUCUUAAUAGUCACCCAAGUUCUUAAAUCCUGUUUCUUUUGCUGUGAGGUUUAAUAACCCCCCAGCUAUGAUUUUGUUCAUAAGACUUGCAACACAAUUUUAGGGCUCUGUGUGCUUUUUAGGUUGUGCUAUGUUAACAAUGAAAUGAUGUAUUUAAAUGUUACUACGAUGUGGGCUGAGGUUUUAUGUACCUUGUUUAGAAGCCAGGGUUUUAAGAUAAACUCUGCUUACAGAUAGAAUAUAUUUCUCUUUUAAUGCCUUUAUUCUGCUCAGCUUCCUGAAGCUUACUAUAAAUGUCCAUUUUCAAAGUGAUACAACCCUUUGAAGCAUAUUGACCUUACUCAAAGAAUUUAGGCACCUUAAGCAUCCAACAAUUCAUCUUGAGAAAAUGUGUAUAUUCUUAUGCAAGCAUAAUUAUCUAUAAGCAGGAUAUGUGAAGAUUUUAGGUGUGUACAUUCAACAAUUGAAAAUGUCUGUUUCAUUUUUGUGUUGUAUCACUGUCAACUUGUCUGUUUCUAUUCCUCUUAUAAAAUAAAGUACUCUUGAAUAUUA